AUGGAGCUCUUCUUCCUUUUCGGGUUAAUCCUCUUUACUCUCUUCCUCGCUGUAUCUCUUGCUUAUCUCUUUCGUAAUAAAUCCAAAUCUUCUCAUGCUAACCUUCCUCCGGGAAAUAUGGGCUUGCCAUUCAUAGGGGAAAGCCUGGAGUUUUUCAACACUAGCCGAAAGGGUCAUCCUGAGAAGUUUAUUUAUGACAGAAUAGCCAAGUACUCCUCCCCAAUCUUCAAGACUUCAAUCCUAGCUGAGCCUACUGUUGUUGUUUGUGGUGCAGCUUCUAACAAGUUCUUGUUUUCCAAUGAGAACAAGCUUGUCCAAGCCUGGUGGCCGGAUAACGUUAAUAAGAUCUUCCCUUCAUCCACACAAUCAUCUUCCAAAGAAGAAUCCAAGAAGAUGAGGCAGAUGUUGCCAAACCAUCUAAAGCCGGAGGCCUUGAUGAGAUACAUUGGAAUGAUGGAUUCGAUUGCACAGAGGCAUUUUGAGGCUGGUUGGGAAGGGAAAGAACAAGUUGAAGUUUUCCCUCUUGCAAAGAGAUACACCUUUUGGGUUGCAUGCAAAGUUUUCUUAAGCCUGGAGGAUCCUGAGCAUGUUGCGAAAUUUGCUGAUCCUUUUAAUGUUUUGGCUUCAGGAAUAAUUUCUCUUCCUGUAGAUUUUCCAGGGUUUCCAUUCAACCGUGCUAUCAAGGCAUCAAAUACGAUAAGGAAGGAAAUAAUUGCUAUUAUCAAACAAAGGAAGAUUGAUCUUGCGGAAAAAGAAACGUCUCCUAAAGAUAUAUUAUCACAUAUGUUACAAGCAACAGAUGAGAAUGGUGAGCAUAUGGAUGAGUUAGACAUGGCCGACAAAAUUCUGGGUUUAUUGAUCGGUGGCCACGAUACAGCCAGUGCUGCCAUUACUUUCAUCAUCAAAUAUCUCUCAGAACUUCCUCACAUAUACAAUCAAGUCUUCCAGGAACAAAUGGAGAUCGCAAAAUCGAAAAAGCCGGGAGAGUUGUUGAACUGGGAAGACAUUCAGAAAAUGAAGUAUUCGUGGAACGUUGCAUGUGAAGUUAUGAGACUUGCCCCACCACUUCAGGGUGCUUUUAGGGAAGCCCUUACAGACUUUGUCUUCAAUGGUUUCUCCAUUCCUAAGGGCUGGAAGUUGUAUUGGAACGUAAAUUCAACACAUAGGAAUCCAGAAUGCUUUCCAGAGCCAGAAAAAUUUGAUCCAACAAGAUUUGAAGGAAAUGGACCAGCUCCAUACACAUUUGUUCCAUUUGGAGGAGGACCCAGAAUGUGCCCUGGAAAAGAAUAUGCACGUUUGGAGAUACUUGUGUUCAUGCAUAAUGUGGUGAAAAGGUUCAAGUGGCAAACAUUGAUCUCUAAUGAGAAAAUAAUAGUGGAUCCAAUGCCCAUGCCAGCUAAAGGACUUCCAGUUCGCCUUAUUCCACACAAACAUGUUGACUAA